AUGCCCACCAUGGUACAGAACAAAGGCAUCAUCUUCAAGGACAUCCCCAGCGGAUGGCCCGAGCAGGGCAAGCACUUGACCGUUGAGGCUCGCGAUUUCGAUGUUGAGCAGACUCCUCCAGAGGGUGGCGUAACAGUCAGGACCUACUAUGCCUCGUUCGAUCCCUACCAACGUGGACGCAUGCGUGCGGCCCACACCAAGUCCUACGCACCACCUUUCGAACUCGGCCAGCCCAUCACUAACCGCACAAUUAUGAAGGUGCUCAAGUCCAACACCGACAAAUUCCAACCUGGCGAUGUCGUCAUCUCGUCUGGUGUGUCCCCUAUUGAGGAGUACUCCGUGCUCAAGGAAGACGAGGCUGCUCAGAUCCGAAAAUUGCAGAAUCCGCACAACUUGGACCCUAAGCACUUCCUUGGCGCCCUCGGUAUGCCUGGUCUCACCGCUUGGUCAUCAUUCUAUGAGAUCGGACAGCCGAAGAAGGGAGAGACCAUUUUCAUCUCCGCGGCGUCCGGAGCAGUUGGCCAGCUUGUUGGACAGCUUGCCAAGCACGAGGGUCUAAAGGUCAUUGGCAGCGUUGGGAAAGACGAGAAGCUGGACUUUAUCUUAAAGGAGUUGAAGUUCGAUGCGGGUUUCAACUACAAGAAGGAGAAGCCGAGCGAGGCGCUUCAGCGCCUCGCGCCAGAAGGUAUUGAUAUCUACUAUGAGAAUGUUGGUGGCGAGCACCUCGAGGCUGCUAUCACUGCGAUGAACAACUUUGGACGUAUUGUCGCUUGCGGAAUGAUAUCCCAAUACAACACUCCCCCACAGGACCAGUACCCUAUCCGCAACCUCAUCCAGGUUGUGGGCAAGCGCCUUACUAUGCGUGGGUUUAUUGUCGGCGACGAGAACAUGGGUCCCAAACACUACCAGCAGCACCAAGAGAAGGUGCAGAAGUGGCUCGCUGAUGGCUCAUUCAAGGCGAAGUUGAGCGUUACCGAAGGCAUUGACAACGGUAUUGAUGGCUUCCUCGGCAUGCUCAAGGGAGAGAACUUUGGUAAGGCGGUGUUGCAGCUUGCGGAUAUCAACAAGGAGUAG